UUUUUUUUUUUUCUUUUCUACUUUUUAAUUAUAGACUUUUUUAAUAUAUACCUUUCUUUUUUUUUAUUUUUCUCCAUUCAUUCCUUGUCUCUCUCUCCCCACUCUAAUCAUAGUUUUAUAUCUACUCAUAUCUACUCCAUUCCUUUUAUACUUCUCUACCCACCUACUCUCUUAACAAUGACUAAUAUCGAAACACAUGCUUCAACGAAGAAACAACAACUUUUGACAGCUGAAAAACAAUAUAUAGACCUUUUGAACUUUAUAGACUCGUGUUUUAAAACAGAAAAAGAAGCUUCCUUUCAACAAUGGAUAUCAAGCAUUCAAGACCUUCAUCAAAAACAUCAGCUCUUUUAUAAAAAACUGGGCCAAGAGAAUGACCUUGUGGAUAUUAUGAUAGAUUUGGGAAACACUUUGGAAACCUCUUAUCUCGAUUACACUAAAAUGUAUAGUUCCGUUCGGCAGCAUCAUGAAAAUCUUCUCUGCACAACAAUCAACAAGAAUUUGUCGUCAAUACCACCUUCUUAUACUACUAGUACUUUAUUGGAUGCACCUUUUGAACAUAUAAAAUUGUACAAGUCUCUUUAUAUCUCAUUACUGGACUCUUCUGAUUCUAUUCAACAUUCCAGUAUUCAGCAAAUCAUCCUUCAUAUAGAUACUGUACUAAAACAAAAACCUCCUUCAACAAUUGAUUCCACUAUGACUACCAAUCUACUUGAUUUUCAAAAAUUUGUGGAUUGCUCUAAUGUUAUUGAUCUAUUUACUGGUUCCUCAUUGGAUUAUCAACUACGAUCAAGGCCAGGUGUCAUCAUUUUACAAGAUAACUUUUUGUUAUUAGCUGACAACAAUGAUCAACCUGCUAUUCGUGUUUAUUUGGUAUUAACAUCCGAUAUUUUGAUGAUAUGUAAUCAAAAAUCAGAAUCAACUGGACGUUAUGAACUUUUGUAUCCUCCUUUGGCCGUCAACGAUAUCACUGUGCAACCUCUCUUUUUGGAUCGUGAACUUAUUGGUGAAUAUACUUUGGAAUUCUCAGUUCUCAACAAGAAAUUGGUUGUUCGUGCCGAAUCUAGGGAAAUACGAAAUGCUUGGAUCGGUAUGCCUUUGACCACAACUGCUAAAAAUGCCAUCAGAUCUGCUAUUCCUCUCACCAAUGUCGCACGUGCCUCGACAAGUAGUCAACCUUCUUCAAUAGAAAACAAAGGAAAUGAUAUCAAAUCCAAUUAUCAGCCAAUCAUUUACAGUAAUAGUAACAGCAACAAUAAUAAUAUUUCGCCCGUGGAAGCUCCUGAUGAUAACGACGAUGACGACAAUGACGACGAUGAAGAUUCUGAUGGAACAACUGCAUCGACUCCUAAUUCGGAUUAUCCACAUUCUUUGACUGAAAAGUCUUUACCUUCUGUUCCUUCUCAUCCUGAACCACCAAAAAAAGACUUUGCGACACCUGUGAUCAAUAUCUCAUUACAUGACGAUGCUAUCAACACUGUGCAACCACCUCCCAAACAAAAUCAGCCACUGAAGCCACGUGGAUCAUCCAUUCGAGCACCUCUACCAAAUCCUGCUUAUAAACCAAGCUCUCCGAAAUCAACAACUUUGGAAUCGAAACCUUUACCUAGAACUUCAUCCAUUCGAAAUGGUACUCCUGUCUCGGAAUCUUCAAACCAGCGAUCUCAACCAUCUCCCAACUCUCCAGUAGUCAACAAAUCACAACGGCCUAUUCAACAAAUGAAUCAUCCUCAAGUUGCACCCUCUUCAUCUCGUCGUGGUACUUCUCCAAGUACAAAUGGUAUUCCUACACAUCCUCAUUUACAUCCGUCUGCUCAACAUGCACAAAAUAGACCAAUGAUGAUGCCUUCACCUCAAGGACAACAACAUCAACAACGUCCACCACCACAACUUCAUCAACAAUCUCAUCAGCGUCCUCAACAUCGUCCUCCUCCUCAGCAUCAUCAUCAUCAUUCUCAACAACGCCCCCCUCCUCAGCAUCAUCAUCAUCAUCCUCCUCAACAGCGUCCUGCUUCUCAACAUCAUCAUCCUCAGCAGCGUCCUUCUCAUCAACCACAUCAUCCUCAACAGCGUCCUCCUCCUCAACAUCAUCAUCCUCAACAACGUCCUCCUCCUCAGCAUCAUCAUCAUCAUCCUCAAGUUCGUCCUUCACCUCAGCAUCAUCAGCCUCAACAACGCCCACCCACACCUCAACUAUCGCAACAACAAGUUCAACAAUCAGCGGUGACGACAAACGUAUCCAAACCUUUACCUCAAACAGGAGCUUCAGCGCAACGACAUAUGCCACCAACACCCCCACCUCAGAAAAGUCAAUUCUCACCAUCGAAUAAAGAAACUCAACCUCAGUUAUCAACAACACCUGGCUCGCGUGAUUCUAUUGGUUCUGCUCUUCGUUUAUCACCAGAAGAAUUGGCAACUCCUCCUCGAAGUCCCAAUCCAUAUAACAAUCAAACGAAUGGGAUUCGUCAAGUGUUAUUCCGUAGUUUGAAAUGUGAAGUUUUUCGAUGGAAGGAUGAAUCUUGGUAUGCAGUGGAUGGACAAUGUUUACUUGAAGUACGACAAACGUUUACGAACCGAUCAUGUAUUGCUAUUCGAGUACAAACAACAGGAGAGCUCUAUCUUAAUGCAUGGGUGUUGCCUCAGACACAAAUACGAGUUGCUUCGCCAACGGAUGUUAGUUUAGGCCUGAUUAUGGGAUCACAACAGGAAACAUACCUUGUUCAUUUUGAACAACCUACAGAAGCAACGGAAUUCAAUCAAGUAUUACAGAAAAUGCAUCAAGCGGCAGUAUUGGCGGCACAACAACCUAAUGAUGGACAACGUACUUUACGUGGUGAACCUCCUACAGAAAUGAUGUUGGCCAUGCAAAUGAAUGAUGAUGAUGACAAUGACAAUGAUGAUGAUGAUGAUCUUGGAACAGCCGUUACCACGCUUGGAUCAAACAAUGUAACACCUUCACGAACAUUGACACGUACAAGUUCAUUGAUGCAAUCUGGACAAGAACCUACACCUAUUCCACAAACGUUACAGGCCGUCAUGCAAUGCAAAUGUAAAUUAUUUGUACAAAAUGAACAUUCGAAUUGGAGUAGUUUUGGUAGUGUCCAAUUGGUUGUGUCUCUUCAAAUUCCCAGUCGACGCAUGCAUAUUCAGAUUGAUCAUGACAAGAAACGUGGGUUCAGUAAAAUCAUCAACACCAACUCUACAUCCUCUUCUUCUUCUUCUCGUCCUUCAUCCCCCUCUUCCAACAGUGACAAAAGCAAUAGUCUUGCUCCCACAUCGGCAAAUACUUUGGUCAGUGCCACCGUCUACAGCAACAAUGUCGAACGACUUGGAUCUAAACGUAUCUCCUUUUUGUUGGUCAAUGAACAGGAUCGGACUUCCAGUAUGGUUUACAUGGUGCAACUUCGAGAUGAAGAAUCUGGUAAUACUUUACAUGAUUAUCUCAAGAUCAAAAAUGCUCAAAAUGGUUGGUAGAGUUACUUUUUUUUUCUUUUUUUUAAUCCUUUCCAUUCCUUUUUUUUUUUAUAUAUACACCCUUCCCAUCAUUUUACUUACAUUUGUAUCUAUUUCAUAUAUCAUUACCUUUUUUUUUUUUU